AGGCUGCCUAGUCGUUGCCUGUAGAUGACCUUAUAUACAUCUAAGUAGUCUGUAUUAUCACUCCAUCCAUUGGCUCAUUCCCUGUCCCUCAAUCAUUCCUAACUCUCUAUUCUCACUAUAUCUCAAUCUGAUUUUUUUCUAUUAUUUGUGAUUUGAGUUAUAAUAAUGGGCGGCGGAGGCGGUGGCCCUCUAUUAUUGUGGCUUCUAGUUCUCUUCUUACUUUCACAUUGUUCAGUGUACAAGGCUUUAGUAACAGUAUCCAAUAACUUAUUGAGAGAAGGCUUCUCUCUCUCCGUUGAAAAACCUUCCGAUGUUCUGACCUCAUCCACAGGAGUAUUCUCCGCCGGGUUUUUUGAAGUGGGUCACAAUGCAUAUUGCUUUGCCAUAUGGUUUACUGAGGCUGACCCAUCCCGGAAAAACAACCUGACGCUGAUUUGGAUGGCCAAUCGUGAUCAUCCAGUAAACGGAAGGCGCUCAAAGCUGUCCUUGCUAAAAUCCGGUAACCUUGUACUGAUAGACGCCGCUCAAUCAACCGUUUGGUCCAGCGAUACUGCUUCCAACUCAGAAUCCCAGUUACAACUCUUGGACUCCGGGAACCUUGUCCUAAUCUCUCAGAAUAAUCAUGAUAUUUUGUGGCAGAGCUUUGCUGCCCCAACGGACACUCUUGUUCCUGGACAAACACUCUCAAGAAACGCAAAGCUAGUGUCGUCUAGAAGCCAGUCUAAUUAUUCCUCUGGAUUUUAUAUACUAUUUUAUGACAACGACAACGUUCUUCGCCUUCUCUAUGAUGGUCACGAGAUUUCGAGCAUUUACUGGCCAGACCCUUGGCUUUUGCCAGCUUUCGCUGGAAGGUCAAUUUUCAACGACAGCAGAACAGCAGUGCUUGAUUCUUCAGGGAAUUUCAGCUCCUCCGAUAGUUUUAUGAUCAUGGCUUCGGAUUAUGGUGUUAAUCUACUCCAGAGAAUGCUAAAGGUUGAAGCUGACGGUAAUCUUAGAUUAUACAGUAGAAAAGUACUACCAUGGAAGCAAAGUAGUACGUGGAUUGUUACGUGGGAAGCUGUUUUACAACCUUGCAAGAUUCAUGGCAUUUGUGGGAUUAAUAGUCUCUGUACUUACGUGCCUGAGUAUGGUAGGAAAUGUUCUUGCCUUCCUGGCUUUAAGUUGAUCAACCAUGCUGAUUGGACUCACGGGUGUGAGGCAAAUUUUGAACUCCCUUGCUCCAUUAGUAAUGCUAAUCAAUCUGGUUUUCUUCACCUACCAAGGGUUGAGUUCUACGGCUAUGAUUACCACGUCUAUAACGACUACACCUUGGAGCGCUGCAAAACAACGUGCUUGGAAUUGUGUGACUCAUGCGUUGGAUUUCACUACAAAUAUGACAAUGUUGGGGGUCGUUAUACCUGUUACGUCAAAUAUCAACUCCGAAAUGGAUACCGGACCCCUGGUUUUGAUGGAGACAUAUAUUUGAAACUACCCAAAUCAGUCCUCACUUCUCUUCACCCGGCUCCAAAUAACGUGGCCAGUAAUAAUUUGAAUUGCUUCCUUUCAGGAAAUUUGACUCAACAUCUGGACAGAAGAUAUGUUAAAAAACAAGUUAGUGGUGUAGUUGAGUUCGUGCUCUGGUUUGCCUGUGGAGUAGGAGGAGUUGAAAUCAUAGUCAUCUUAAUUGUUUGGUUAUUUGUCAUUGGAACAAAUGAAAAUUCAAGCCUGGAUAACAUUCAGGCUGGUUAUCUUCUUGCUGCAACUGGAUUCAAAAAAUUCAGUUACUUAGAGUUAAAAAAGGCAACAAAUGGUUUCAAUCUAGAGAUUGGUAGAGGUGCGGGAGGAAUAGUGUACAAGGCCAUCUUGUCCGAUAAUCGUGUUGCUGCUGUCAAGAAACUCACGGAUACCAACCAAGGAGAAGUCGAAUUUUACGCAGAGGUAAGCACCAUAGGAACACUAAACCACAUGAACUUGAUAGAAAUGUGGGGAUAUUGCGCCGAGGGAAAGCAUAGGCUUCUUGUGUAUGAGUACAUGGAACAUGGGUCUUUAGCUAAAAACUUGGCUUCGAAUGCUUUGGAUUGGAAAAUGAGGUGUGAUAUUGCCAUAGGAACUGCCAGAGGCCUUGCAUAUUUGCACGAAGAAUGUUUGGAGUGGGUUUUACAUUGCGAUGUAAAGCCUCAUAACAUACUUUUGGGCUCUAGUUAUGAGCCAAAAGUGGCUGAUUUUGGCCUGUCAAAGCUACUUAACCGAAAUGAGCAUGGCGGGAACUCAAGCUUCUCUAGGAUUAGAGGAACUAGAGGCUAUAUGGCUCCUGAAUGGGUUUAUAAUCUUCCGAUCACAUCCAAAGUGGAUGUUUAUAGCUAUGGAAUUGUUUUGCUUGAAAUGGUGACUGGCAAUGGCCCAACAAGAGGUUCUGAUGGAGAAGAUGUUGGUGAGGCUAGACCCAAAAUGCUUGUUACGUGGGUAAGAGAGAAGAUUUAUGCAAGUGGUCAGCUAAGUAAAGAGUGUAUUGAUGAAAUUGUAGACCCCAUGAUGGAAGGCAAUUAUAACUUAAGAGAAGUGGAAAUUUUGAUCGAAGUGGCUCUUAGAUGUGUCGAGGAAGACAAAGAUGUGAGACCCACUAUGAGCCAAGUUGUUGAGAUGCUUCUAAGCAAUGAAAAGCAUAAGUGAUUAUAUAUGUAUUUAUAUUAAUUAACAUCAUUAAAUAAGUAGGCAUUAGGUUCACAAGUCUGGAUUUUUCUUGCUUUGUAUUAUCCUCUCAUAUGUUUGGAUUUGUGAUUCAUGCUAAAUUAUGAUUAUCAA